AUGCACCGGAAAGCGACGAGCAAGCCGAUGCGCGCGAUUAUGGGCCGGAUAAUUGAAAAUUAUAAGGAGUGGCUCGAAUAUUUUGUAUUCCCGGAAGAGGUGAUUGUAAACGAGCCUGUGGAAAGGUGGCCCCUCUGCGAUUGCCUCAUCUCAUUCCAUUCUACAGAAUUCCCUCUUCACAAAGCUAUCGCCUACCGGAAGCUCCGGAAGCCGUACGCGAUUAAUGAUUUGCAACGACAAUACGAUUUGCUUGAUCGUCAAAAGGUGUUUGCGACGUUGGCGUAUCAUAGAAUCUGCCACCCGAGGCAUGGAGUGGUCAUUCGCGAUGGUGUUAGUGAUAAAAAUGACCUCGUCGAACACCCCGAUCACAUCGAAGUCAACGGCAUGGUGUUCAACAAGCCGUUCGUCGAAAAGCCCCUCUCCGCCGAAGACCACAACAUCUACAUCUACUACCCGAGCAACGUGGGCGGCGGCAGCCAGCGGCUGUUCAGGAAGAUCAACAACCGCAGCAGCUGGUACUCCCCGAAAAGUGAUGUCCGAAAAGACGGGUCGUAUAUCUAUGAGGAUUUUGUGCAAGCGGAUGGCAUUGAUGUCAAGGUAUAUGCGGUAGGCCCGUAUUAUGCGCAUGCAGAGGCGAGAAAAGCGCCGGGCCUUGACGGAAAAGUGGAACGCGACGCUGACGGCAAAGAAGUACGCUAUCCGGUCAUCCUCAGCCACCGCGAGAAGAUGAUCGCGCGAAAAAUCGUGCUGGCUUUUGGGCAAACCGUCUGCGGCUUCGACUUGCUGCGCACCAACGGCAAAUCGUACGUGUGCGACGUGAACGGGUUCAGCUUUGUGAAGACGAGCACGAAAUAUUAUGAGGAUACCGCGAAAAUCUUGGGCAACACCAUUCUCCGGCGGUUGGCCCACAUUUUGUCGAGUCCUGUGCAAAUCCCUGUAUCGUUGCCGCCGCUCUUAGAUUUGGGUCUUGGAGACGAUCCACCACUCGUGUCGACCCCUUCUGGAAAACUUAUGGAACUGCGCUGCGUUCUGGCUGUCAUCAGACAUGGUGAUAGAACUCCUAAACAGAAAAUGAAGGUGAUCGUCGACGACCCCCGAUUCUUUGCCCUCUUCGAAAAGCACGAGGGCUAUAAAAAGACGGAGAUCAAAAUGAAGCGCCCCAACCAGCUGAUCGAGGUGCUCGAGCUGGUGCGCGAGAUUCUGCAGGAGCAACAGUCCCGGCGCAAUGACUUGCUGCACCAGUUGGAGGAGUGCGAGGAACGGGGAGAAUCAUCGCAGAAUGUGGAGCAAGAGCUGGAUCGCGUGGAGGACACUGUGAAGAAAUGGGACCAAAUGCGCUCGGUGCUCGAAAUGUACGGCCACUUCUCCGGCAUCAACCGCAAAGUUCAACUCAAAUACCUGAAGGCCCGCGAUGUCAAGAGUGGCGAAAGCAGCGAAGAAACGAAACAUCAAGCUCCCGCCCUGCUUCUAAUCCUCAAAUGGGGCGGCGAAUUGACGACAGCAGGAAAUCUUCAAGCCGAAGCCCUCGGCAAGCUGUUUCGAACGCUUUACCCGGGAAUCCGAAGGACAGACGGGAAAAGCAGUCCGGAAGAUACGCAAGGAUUGGGCUUUUUGCGUCUCCAUUCGACUUACCGGCAUGAUCUCAAAAUAUACGCAAGCGAUGAGGGGCGGGUCCAGAUGACGGCCGCUGCUUUUGCUAAGGGACUCCUGGCUCUCGAGGGUGAGCUGACGCCGAUUCUGAUGCAAAUGGUGAAGAGUGCAAACACAGAUGGGCUUCUGGAUGACGAUUUUAAUGCGCGCGAUGUGCAAAACGAGCUGAAACACUAUUUACAUCAGGCGUUACAGGUCGAUCGAGAUUGGUCCUACGAAGAUUUUGAAGCGCUCAACCCUAGUGGACUCAAGUCGAUACAGGCUGCUAUGGAAUUCAUCAAGAACCCGAAGAAAAUGUGCCACGAGAUUGCCGACUACGUGAAGCGCAUGUGCGAUGUCGUCCAAUUACACAAGCAAACGAAGCCUCAACGAACGUUGUACCUCAAUGAAUCUUGGGAUCUGUCGGAACGGCGUUGGCGUAAGGAGCUCCGCGAAUUCCAGCGCCCGAAUAAGAACGGCGGCUUUGAGUACGACAUCAGCAAGAUCCCGGACAUCUAUGAUAAUAUAAAGUACGACAUGGAGCACAACCCGGAGCUGUGCGACAACAUUGAGGGCGAGUUCGAGCGCUUUUACCUGUGCGUGAAGGCGAUGGCCGACAUUGUUGUGCCCCAGGAAUACGGCAUCAAGGUGGAGAACAAGAUCCACGUGGCGCAGCGGGUUUGCACGCCGUUGGUGAAGAAGAUACGCAACGAUUUGCAUAGAUGUAUCGCUGACCAGGAGGAGGAUGAGAGUCAGACGAGACUGGAUCCGCGAGCAUCACAAGGCAUCGCUACACCCCUACGACACGUCCGGACACGCCUCUACUUCACCAGCGAAUCCCACAUCCAUACACUGAUGAACCUGAUCCGAUAUGGAGGGUUGUGCUCGGUAGACGACAAAAAGUGGCAACGCGCCAUGAGUUUCCUAUCGACCGUCACCGAGUUCAACUACAUGACCCAGGUCGUUCUAAUGGUGUAUGAGGACAACUCGCAGACGGGCGGCGAUCGCUUCCACAUCGAGCUGCUCUUCUCGCCCGGGCUCUACCCCUGCUUUUUGACCGAAAAGGAACGCAUCUACGAGACGCGCUUCAACUCAAAAUCGAGCAGCAUGAAGAAGAGCGAGUCGAAGGACGAGCCGUCGCUCAACUUGACGGGGACGGCGCGUUCGGAUUCGAGGAGUGAAAGAUCCUCACCAAUCAUGCCCGCGACCACCCUCACCAAUCUGAACGUGCCGACGACGUCGGAGGACACGGUUUCCGUCGCCUCAACGAGUAAUGCUACAGCUCAAGGUCUCGUCGUGCAAGCCCUCGCCAAGCCGCCGGGCCCCGAUUCCGAGGAUGACCUGAAUGAUGGGGAGGCCGUGAAUCUGGUCGCCCUCGACGAGGUCACCAACAAGCAAUAUGUGGCCAGCGAGAAGGAGGCGAUCAGGAAGGGCACCAAGGGCAGCGGUUCCGAGAAGGCCAGUGAAGAUGGGGAUGUGCCGAAGGAUAAGGAAGACUGGAACAAAACGUGGCAAUCCCGUGGUGAGCGCAGCGGUAGCCAGCUGAGCAUCGGCGAUGACCCCGACAAUCAGUGUACGAUCGGCCCCGGAAAGGGCAAAUGGGCGAAGGACCUUCUCGACGAAGCCAAGAAGGCCAUCCAGGCCAUCAAGGAGGAGGAGGAGCCCCCAAAGUCCGACGCGGCCGCCGUCGAGAAUCGCCUUAUCUCCACCGACGUGUUGAUGGGCCGCCUCGACGACAAGGACAAAAAGAAGCCGCUUGGGAGCUUCACCAACACGGCUGUCCUCUCGACGGCCGUCAUUGCCCGCUCAUCCAGUGCUCCUCGUCUACAGACGUACCGGGCCGAGGAGGAGAUCCCCGUGGCUGAAAUCAAGCGCUUCUGGCCGCCACUACGCUCGCUGGAGACGCUGCACGACAGCAUCUCGUUCGACCAGUUCGACCAGUUCCUCGGCUCGCUGCUCAGCAAGACGACCCCGCUGCCGUCACCGCCCAAGACGCCGCUGCCACAGGAGCCCGUCGGCGACGCGUCCACCCCGACUGCACCGUUUCCAGAUACGGAUUCUAGCCGGACA